AUGAGUCGCGUCCUUCUGCGGUACUGGCACAGCUUGUCCUUCCUGUUUUCCAUUCAGGAGGUCAACCAGAAUCUGCAGCUCCUGUCCAACAUCACGCUGGGCUAUGACAUCUACGAGAGCCAUUAUUAUGGAAGGACCACAUCCUACGCCAUGCUGCAGCUGCUUGCAGGUGGGGAAAGCUGCCUGCCCAAUUACAAGUGUGAGAGCAAGAACGAGCCCCUGGCUCUCCUUGAAGAGGUUGAAUCUGAGCUCUCCACCCUUAUUUCAGCCAUGUCGAGCAUCUACAAGAUCCCACAGUUUCAUGCUCCCUUGAGUGAUGGACAACUUCUGAACAUUUCCACAGAGAGACAGUCUUUGGAUGAGAAUCAAGAGCUGGUGCCUGACUUUGAUAUCGUGAACUGGGUGCUCUUUCCCAACCAUACUAAUGGAAGGGUGAAUGUUGGGAGUGUGAAGAGAAAGGGGACCGGUGAUGCAGAGCUCACCAUCCACCCAGAAACCAUUGUGUGGCCCAAGAGAUUCAAUGGGACAGUGCCUCAUUCCAGGUGUGUCGAGAGCUGCUGCCCUGGAUAUGCCAAGAAGAUCCAGGAUGGAGAACCCCCAUGCUGCUACGUUUGCACUCUGUGCGCUGAAGGGACCAUCUCCACGCAGCAUGAUGCACACCAUUGCACCAAGUGUCCAGAAGAUCAGCACCCAAACAAGGCCCGAGAUCAAUGCGUCCUGAAGAUUAUAACCUUCUUGUCCUAUGGAGAACCUUUGGGGAUCAUCCUGGCUUCCCUUGCACUGUUCUUGUCUUCAGCCACAGCCUGUGCAUUAGGGAUUUUUGUGAAAUACAAAGAAACACCAGUCGUUAAGGCCAACAAUAGGGACCUGUCCUACAUUCUCCUCCUCUCUCUCCUGCUCUCCUUUAUGUCUGCAAUCCUCUUCAUUGGCCGCCCAAGGAAAGUGUCCUGCCUCUUCCGACAGACAGCUUUCAGCAUCAUCUUCUCGGUUGCUGUCUCUUCUGUCCUUGCCAAAACCAUCACUGUGGUGCUGGCCUUCCUGGCCACCAAGCCAGGCAACAGUGUGAGAAGGUGGCUGGGAAAAAGCAUGGCCAAUGGCAUUGUUGUUUCCUGUUCCAGCCUUCAAAUCCUUAUUUGCAUCCUCUGGCUAGGCAUGGCUCCCCCUUUCCCAGAUUCUAACAUGCACUCCCAAGCUGAACAGAUCAUCCUGCAGUGCAAUGAAGGGUCUCUCACAAUGUUCUACACUGCCCUUGGCUACAUGGGUUUCCUGGCUGCCGUCUGUUUCUUGGUGGCUUUCCUGGCCAGGAAGCUUCCUGGGUCCUUCAAUGAGGCCAAGCUGAUCACCUUCAGCAUGCUGGUCUUCUGCAGUGUCUGGGUGUCCUUUGUGCCCUCCUACCUGAGCACCAAGGGCAAGUACAUGGUGGCCGUGCAGAUCUUCUCCAUCUUGGCCUCCAUUGCUGGGCUGUUGGGCUGCAUCUUCCUUCCCAAGUGUUACAUUGUUGUAUUCCGGCCUGAACUGAACACAAAGGAGCACCUUGUGAUGAAAACCAAAGAUGGAACAGUAUAUGUACAUUACGUGAUCGGGGCAUGA